AUGCUCAGCGGAAACCUCACAGCAGAGAUAUAUUGGUUUCUAUACUCAGGAGUUCAAUUUUCGUGUUAUGAGUACCUCCAGCUCCAUCAUGCAAAUUUGGUAUCUUCUUCCUUCUCCUCUGGAGCUCUUUCCUCUGCUGUCACAACAUUGGUAACCUACCCAUUUGAUAUUUUGCGCACUCGCUUUGUCUACCAAGGCAAGGAUAUGUACUAUAAGCACAUUCUCACAGGAUUUGCAUCGAUCAUUAAAGACGAAGGCGUGUUGGGAUUAUAUAAGGGUUUGCUCCCAUGCCUAGCCAGUAUUAUGCCUUAUAUGGGAUCCUGCUUCUACAUUGUCGAGUUUCUUCGCUCGCAAUAUGGAGACACGCCUGGUGCAAACUCUGUGUAUGGGGCCAUUUCCGGAGCCACAAGUAAAUUGCUCGUCUAUCCGCUGGAUACGGGCAAGAAGCUUCUCCAAGUGUACCAGCUAAGUCCCAGCAAGUCGGUAGUGACGUUUCUCCGCGAUCACUAUCGCUUGACGGGUGUUCGUGGCCUUUACGCAGGCGCCAUGGCGGCGAUGCUGAAGAGUGGGCUGAGUUCGGGUCUGUUGUUCGGCUUCUACACUCUAGCCAAGACGUUUUUGAACUAUUGCUGUUUGUAA